AUGGUCUGCGGAUCCACCACAGCCGCCGGUGUUGGCCUGGCCACAAUCAUUAUUCCAGCUCUCGUCGUACCCUUCGUCCUUGCCAACUUGGUCGGCUGGACGGCAUUCGGCAUCCACAAGCACCGCAAACACAAGCGUCAACGUGCCCAGGGCGGUGGCUAUGGUUCAGCAGCAGGACCAGGCAACACAUUCGUUUCGAGUACUGGCCCCAAUGGAGAGACUGUUGUCACUGUGGUCCCAGCCGGCGGAGCUGGAGCUGGUGGUUAUGGCGGAUCUGCUGGUGGGCCUGGUGGUGCUGGCUCUACUGGAGUUUCUUACACGACUGGCGGAGUGCCUGUCGAAAGACGCGAAGUUGUUCAGACAGCAGGCGGACCUUCGGGAGAGACAGUGGUCGUCACUCAGCCUCACUAA